AUUAUUUGCAAAAGGCAGGAAGGGGAAAAAAGCGAAGCAAUCUUUCGUUCCACGCCGCAAUUCAACACCGCAUUCGCGCCACUUGAUAUUGAUAGUCGUCUCUGACGGUGAACCCCAUAUUUUCCUUGACAUCAAUUUCUACUCGCCCAGGCAGGUCUCUCAUUGAGGAAUCUCGGUCCUUGCGAGAGGCCAGGCGGCUGCUUUUUCUUAGCCCACACCAGUACCGUCCCCCCGUCCAAUCCACACCACACACACACACCUCACUCACUCUCGUGCUGUUCUCCGAACGGCCAACAACGAACUCCUACAACCCAAAAGCACCGGCCCGACCUUGAACAUCCGCGCCUGCUCUUUCCUCUCUUGAGAACGAUUGAAUCGCUCCCAGCCGGCCCAUCGCUCAAUUCUCAUCCCCUUCAAGCCGCCCACCGAACUCAUCUCACACUGACCCCGUCUCAUUACACCCAUACCCGCUCACGCUUUUGCCUCCACCCACCUCCAUUUUCCCCAUCCUCACCUCACGUCUCUUUCAUGAACGGUCACCGCCAUCAUGUCAGACGUUGAGACACCGGAGCAGUCUGCUUCGACUCCAACGCCUCAGCUGACGCCCAAGGCCAAAGGCAGAGGCAGAGGUCGAGGCAGAAAGGCCGUCGCUCCCAAGAAGGAGCCCCCAAAGCCCGCACCUAUCACCGGAACAGGUCGACGCGGCCGUUUCAAGCAGUUCGCCGAUGACAAAGUCCAGGCAAACUAUGAACGCCAACGGGAACUCAAAGCUUCUUACGCGGCUCUUGCCAAUGUCGUGAAGCCCGCGCUUCAGGACUUGGCCUCCCGCGCCGUCAAAAAACUCAACAAGGAUGAGACCUACCACAUGUUGGUGCCCGAGUACGCGAUUAUCAAGGAACAUGCCGAUAUGCGCCUUGACAGACGACUGGCCUUUUCAGAGAACAAAUUGGCGAUUGCUGCCAAGAUGACAUUCAAGGCCAAGCACAUCCAGCUGGGUGCCGUUCGCGACAUUUACAAGAACGGACUUGAAGACCUCGAGGAUGGUUUUUUGGACGCACAACUCCAUCGUCUCGACAUUCUCGAAUACCUCCACGAUCACGGCCUACCCGUAGACCUUGUCGACGGCGGCUGGAAUUACAAGCAAAUUACCGACAAGGAAGCCGAAGAGUUCGGAAUCUAUGAAGUCUACGUAGAUGGCAAACUUGUUCCCUACCCUCAAAUCGUCGAGGGGACCGAAGCCCACGCCCUUAGACAGGCUGCUUGGGCGGAACCUCAGCCCGCCAAGGACAGCCUUGCACCACCCACCUCAGCUGCCACUACUACUGUGCCGCGGGCGAAGCGCAGAGCAAAGGACCAACCCGAGGGCCAACCCACUUCCAAGAGGUCUGCCGGCGAUGUUGCACCUGUCCGUCACAUCGCGGGCAUCAUGUCGGCCCAGCAAGCUCCCAUUGAGGAUGAGUCAAAUGAGAGCACGCCGGUUCCUGAGGGCCCGGUGACCGCUGACCAGCGAGAGCCGGCCUUGCCGGCAAAGGCAUCCGAACCAGAUGAGUACGGGUGCCGACAGGUCAACCGCCCUACUGCCAAGAAUGGUGCUAGUAUCGCCAACCGCCUCAUUGUUCCGCCGUCAUUCCAAUUCGACGACGACGAGAUUGGCUACCGUGAUUCGACAAACUCUGCUAGGCAUGGAGCCACUCUCGCAAAACGGGGCAAGUAUCUCGGCAAGCCCAACUCGAACACAUGGCACUACGACCCUCUGCUUGCUCGUUGGGACGCUCGGGAGAUUGACGAGGACGACUACGACAAGGAGCUUGUGGAGAAGUUCUCUGUUCACCCGCGCUACGGCUACUUCCUUCCUACGAGCAAGAACGAAGCCGAACCUUCAAAGCCGGAAGCAAACCCGAUGCACCCGACUGUGUUCCUAACGCCUUCUGGCAAGAUCAUUCACGCCUCUCGUGUUGUUCCAGCAGCAAAGGUCGAGAUUGCCUUGGCCGAUAAGCCUCACCAGGACAGAAUGGCGACGGUUCUCUCUUCGAUCUGUGACAAGGACGACAUAUCGCUGGACGACAUUGAGGGUCCGGAGCUAAAGGCGUUGAAGGACAUUCAGGCCGAGUAUGCCGAGCAGAGACUUCUUGCGGAGUCGAUCAAGGAUUCGGAGCCUGGAAGUGUUGAAGACACGCCUGCCACUUCGCCCCUUCCAACCAACGACUCCGCCUUGAACAUCGCGGGCAUGGAGGAGCUGCUCAUGGCCGCCGAGGCUAUUGAAUCCGAAGCCGAGGAGGUCAAGCCUAUCGAGGAAAAGCCAGUGUCCCUACCCACCCCGACCCCCGUUAGACCUGCCACACGCGCGUACGACGCAAUUCGAGACAUCUUUGGUGCUACUGAUUCGCCCGCCCCCGAGCCCCCUGCUCCUGUCGUUGCACCCGAGCCUCUCGACACUACUGCGCUUGCGAUCCUCGCCAACGCGUCUACUUCCGCCUACGCCGCUCAGCCUAUCGACGUCAUCAUGGCUGAUGCGUCUGCUGGUCAGUCCAUUCCAGUCGAUGGACCUCCACACAGCCACGUUGAGUCCAGCUACUCCAUCCAGCCUGUGCCGGUCGAGCCUCGUAUGCCAGUCGCAUCUCCCAACGAAGGUGCCAAUUGGGUCGAAACCCGUAUGGCUUCGCCGGGAGGCGACAGCCGGGUCCAUCCAUCCAUCGAGACUGGUCCGAUGAGGGAUCCGCACCCAAACCAACUACCCCCCGCUCGCCCUGUUGAAAUGUCGCAAAUGCGAUCUUCUAUCGAUGCCUCGAAUGACACGCGUCGACACUCCAUGUACCACGAGCACAAUGGUCCGUCGGCCUACAACGAGCAGCACUUGCCCCCUCCUCACCCACAGCAACACUACAUUUCAGCGGAUCCCAUGAUUGAUCCGCGCCUCUACUCUGCACCGAUGGAGGCGCAGGCUGGGCACCAUGAGUACCAUCAACAGACAUACAACCCAGCCCAGCAGACAUACCAAUUGCCGGGCCUUCCCAUGCAAGGGGGCUCGAUGGCCCAAGCCCCUUCACAACUUCAGCAACCCGGCUCUACAUCCCGGAUGCCAUUUACGAACCCCUCUCAGGACAGAAGCUCGCCACUCCCCCCGUUACGACCAUCACGUGGCCGUAAGAGCGCCCCUGCUGCACCAGAGCAGCCCAUGACUGUCGAGCACCAGCAAGUGCAGCAGCAACCUCCGCCGCCGUUCAUGACCAGCAACAGUGGCUCCUUCUACCCCCCCGGCCCGCCGAGGCCUUAUCACAACGGCUACUCCCAGGAGCAGCCUGGCAUGCCGCUCAUGAUGGGGCAGUAUCCGCCUUACCCCGGCUCGCAGCCUCCGCCGCCGCCUUCGCAGCAGCAGCAACAACAGCAGCAGUCGUAUGGCCACCCGGGCAUGUCACCCACUUACUCCUCCAUUGCGCCCGUACAAAGCCCGCCCACUCUCCAGUUUGUUCAGCAGCAGCCCAACGAACCAUCGAGAAGCCGGGCUGGAAGUGGCUCGUCCACACCGAGCGGCCCGGGAAACAGCAAAUACCCCAAGCUGGCCCCCGCUCCCCUGCCUGCUCACAGAGUCGGCUGGCCCCAGGGUCCCGAGCUGAGAACCGUCCAGUAUGACUAUAAAGAGAACAUCAAGGACUACUCGCCUACCGAGCCCCCUCCGCGUCGUGGCCCCGUCCAGAUCCGAGGUUGGAACAUCAACAACAAUAGAAUUCAGCGCCAGAAGACGGAGGAGAACGGCGACGAACGCCGCGGUUCUCGCUAGCAGCAGGACCUGGAGUUUACGAAGCCAGGCCUCAGGCCCAAAAUGAAGGGUCUUGAGAAGACCACCGAGAAGGUGAUUGCCAAGAAUGCAACUUCUCUUAGGUCUAAGUCGAAGGAGCGGAAAUGCAAGCGGCUCUGAGCGUCAUGUCGACCUUAAGUCGAGAACGAGCCAGGAAAAGCGAAAGGACAUGUACUAUUAUCUCAUCACUUUGGACUUUGGACUUUGGUUUAUACCUCUCUGGGCGUUUUAUCCCCGUCAUACUGAGGUGGAAGAAAGACAGAGAGAGCUUGAGCUGACAAGCUCUGUCAGCAGGCUCGCUGAAAGAAAUGGGAGCUAGGGCCGAGAGGCCAGGGUCAAUAAAGGACCCAAGUAAACUUGGAAUGAUAAUGAACACGAA